UUGAUGAUGAAUCAGUUAAAUUUUCACUGCUGCUGUUGGUUUGGUAUUUUCCAACAGUACGUGAAAGCCUCACAGGUCAUGUGAAAAAGCACAAGAAAGACGGAAGUGCAUCUGAACUGCGACCUGUCAAAUCAGGAGAAUGACAACAGCAGCUCUGACUGCGGGUCUGGAGCGGAUCCCGGACCAGCUCGGGUACCUGGUCAUCAGUGAGGACGGGGUUCUGGCUUCUGCAGGUGAGCUGGAGAACGAUGAACACACAGCAGGUGUGAUGAUGGAGAUGGUUCGAACAGCGAGUCGCUUCAGGUUACCUGGAUCAGCUGAUCCGCCCUUCAAACGCAUGUCAGUGAUUCUGGAGGACUUCGUUUACACGGUGACGGUUUCUGGUCAGAAGGUUUUCGUGGUCAAACGUCAGAACAACCAGCAGGAACCAAUCAGUGUUUAACAGACUGAGAUCAGGUGGUCAGGAGAGGAUGAUGAUGAUGAUGAUGAUGAUGAUGAAGAUGAAGAUGAAGAUGAAGGUCAGCAGUCCGCCCGUCACAGUGAUCUGCAGAUGAUUCCUCAUCAGUUGAACUGUUGUUUUUGUUGUAUUGAACGUGUCUGAAUAAAAUAAUGUAGGAUGUUUUA